GUGACUAGCGAGCGUCUUCUCAUCUCGGCGUGUUAGGUGUUUUGAUUGUUUUGAUCAGCUGCUCAGAUACAUCGUUUGUUUCUUCUUGCGUUUAGAAUGCGACGAAAGUUUGUACUUCACCUUUCACUUGCUUCAGCGUGCCCUUCGUAGCUCCGCAACCUUCCACGGUAUUCCAAGAGUCUUAUGCCUUACUGAAGAAAUGCGAGCUGCCUGCAAUAUAGCUCGUGUAGUUGGACUGCACGUAUCCACAUGCAGGUACCUCUGUCAUGUACACCUGAAAAGUGGUGUGGGUGCGUCUGGAGUGCAACAACUGCGUAAACUUUCAACAGCUCGUUUUCUCGCUAAUCGGCCGACAGAGGAAAUAGCCAUCCCAGUGCCGUAUGGACAACUGGCUGCGAAAGUUUGGCCAGCCCAGAGAACAGUCAAGCCCAAGAAGCACCUUCUCUGCCUGCACGGGAUUCAAGACAAUGCGGGUACCUUCGACCCGUUGCUUGAAAAGCUGGAUGGUGAGUGGCAGGCUGUGGCGUUAGAUUUCACCGGCCACGGUCUGUCAUCGCACCUGCCGAGGGGAUGCGUCUACACCAUGACGCACUUGAUGUUGGAUGUCGGUCGUGCUGUUCACUUUCUUGGCUGGAAACAGUUCAACUUGCUGGGCCACAGUAUAGGAGGCCUUGUCGGACACAGAUAUGCCAGCAUAUUUCCUGAAAAGGUGUCAAAAUUAAUUCUUGUGGAUGGUUUUGGAGAAAUCUAUGAAGCUAAAAGCCAACUCCUCAGCACGAUGAGAACUACACUGCUGUCUUUCCUGCGUCUCGAACAGAAGGACUUCAGCGAGCAACCAACUUAUACUGAAGAGGAGGUCAUGGCUCUCUACGCAAAGAUGCCUUGGGGAUGCAUUCGUGCUGAGGACGUGAAGAUACUGAUGAAACGGGGUUGUAAGCUCCAGGAUGACGGCCGUUACGUGUUUACCAGGGAUUUUCGUUUGAAGUCAUUUUACUGGGACAAGGUUGACAGAGCUGCCCUCGAACCAUGGUGGAAGUCCUAUAAGAAUGACAUUCUAGUUCUGGAUGCUGUACCUGGUUUUGGCAGCUGUUCAGUCCACAACGGCAGAAUGAUAAACUUGUUGAAGGAACAUUGCCGCACUUUUCAGAUGGCAAUCCUGGAUGGUGAUCACCACAUUCACAUGAAUCAGCCAGAGUUGAUAGCCAGCUACAUAAAACCCUUUUUACAAGAUCUGCGAGGCAGCAGAAAUCAGAUGUGGUUUGUGUGAUGAACUCUGUCGUGGUUUACAGCAGCUUUAUUGAAAUGUAUCGUGAGAUGUAGGUUUCGUGGGAAAGGUAAAGGAAAGUGAUUGGAUUCAGGGUGGUAUUACACACGCAAAAAAAAAAAAAGAAAACGAAAGAAUCAGGUGUGACACUUGUUCAGAUGAGCAGGUGGCUCAGAAUGUGCAUCUUACAUGAAUCAUAGAUGAUGAAUGAUAUCUCAAUAAUUAAGUGCCUGGGCUUCGUUUAUGCACAGUAUAUUCUAUAUGCAGGUAUAUUCUAUAUGCAGGUGCAGCCAGUAAGGAAAUGUGCGCGUAGCAGAGAGGAUUCAGUGGCUUGUUGUCAUAAAACUCUUCAUGCUUAUUUAUUAGAUAGUAGCAGUGCAUACCGUGUGCAUGUUUUGUUAAGUAUUCUUUGUAGCGGUCCUAGGUUAAAUAAAGAGCACCAUCGAAUACCUUAAGACAGA